AUGACUCUCACUAGCCAGAUCCAGGCAGAGCAGACGACAUGCCGCCUGCACCCAGACAACGUCUCGUCCUGGAGCAAUCUUCUGCGGGUCACAGCCUGGUGUAAACGGUUCCUUGAUAAUACCAGAGGCCGACCUCAGCAGUGUGACAGCAACGCAGGUGCUACCGUGCAAGUAUCUCUCAAGAGUGCUAAGGCUGUUUCGGUUCCCGAAUUGACGGUCACAGAACUCCAAGGCGCCGAGCGGCUCUGGAUAAGCUAUGCGCAGAGCCAGUGCUACGGAGAAGUAGUGUCAACGCUGAAGGAGAAGAAGCCUCUUCCACCCAGUGCACCGCUAACGAAGCUACAGCCGUUCCUGGACACUGACGGUCCACCGCUGCUCCGAGUUGGUGGACGGCUCCGGACCUCACACCACCUGUCUGACCAGUUCCGGUCCCGUGUGAUACUGCCCGCCAAUCAUCGCGUCACUCAGCUAAUUGUUGGGCAUGAGGAUGAACGCUGUCAACACGGAGCAGGCACGAACCAUCUGCUCUCUAACCUGGCCGAUCGGUAUUGGAUCAUCAAAGGUCGCCAGGUCGUUAAAUCCUACCGUCACCGCUGUGUCCGUUGCCAGAAGCUGUGGAGACGUGUCGCUGAGCCCAAGAUGGGGAACUUGCCAAACAUCCGGACAAGCGGACCGUUACAGGCAUUCGCUCAUGCUGGAGUAGACUACGCUGGGCCUUUCCUGGUCAAGAUGGGACGCGGACGAUCGCAAGAGAAGCGCUAUAUAGCCGCUUUCUCAUGUCUGCAGACCCGUACAUGCCACCUGGAGGUAGUGCGUUCUCUGGAUGGCGAUGGCAUGGAGAUGGCUAUGGCAAGGUUGUGCCAUCGCCGAGGUCGACCAACACUGAUCCUAUCCGACAACGGCAGUAACUUCGUUGCUACCGAUCGUGAACUGCGGGAAGCGCUGAGGGAUUUGGAUCAAGCCAACAUCACAGCUGGGUUGGUGAUUCAAGGCAUCAGAUGGCAGUUUAAUCCACCGCGAUCACCGCCACCUCUGCCGCCGCCACGGAAACCUCCAUGGCCGCUACCUCCUGUACCACCGCGGGGAAGAGCUCGGCCGCACUUUGGCGGAGCAUUUGAGAGGGUGGUCGGGGCCUUGAAAAAGGCACUCCAGUCAGUCCUGUACAGGGCUAGCCUGACCGACGAAGAGCUGCAAACUUCGUCGUGGGUCAUGUCAACGUCGCAACAGCUCUGGAGACGGCGGCGGACUCAGAGUCGACGCCAGUUCACCCAUACCAUUGCUGGAAAGUUAUCCAGCAGCUCCUCAGAGAUGUUUGGAAGCGGUGGCUAA